AUGAGGCUGCUCCGAGGUCUCACGCUCCUGCUGCUCUUGGCGGCGGCAGAGGGGCGCGAGGGGCGCAAGGGGCGCGCGCGGCGGGAGCUGGCGCCCGGCCUGCACGAGCAGGGUAUCCGCGACGCCGGCGGGUCGUACUGCGAGAGCAAGGAUGCGUGCUGCCACGGGCGGGACGACGGCUGCACCGUGCCCUACCUGGACACCAUCUGCUACUGCGACCUCUUCUGCAACCGCACCGUGUCCGACUGCUGCCCCGACUUCUGGGAGUACUGCCUGGGCAUCGAGCCGCCCUUUGCCGUGCAGAAAGUGUGCGUCCGUGGUGGACACAAGUACCCGGUUGGAGCCACGUACAGAGAGAACUGCAACCUCUGCACCUGCGGCUCCAAUGGCCGGUGGGACUGUGAGGACCUUGCCUGCCUCAUGGACGGCAGGAUGAUUGAGGCCGUCAACAGAGCGGAUUACGGGUGGAAAGCCGCCAACUACAGCCGCUUCUGGGGGAUGACACUGGACGAGGGCAUCCGCUACCGCCUGGGCACCAUCCGCCCCUCCACCACCGUCAUGAACAUGAACGAGCUGCAUAUGAGCAUGGACACCAACGAGGUGCUCCCCAGCUCUUUCAACGCAGCCCACAAGUGGCCCGGGUUGAUCCAUGAGCCGCUGGACCAGGGCAAUUGUGCUGGCUCCUGGGCCUUUUCCACAGCAGCCGUGGCUUCGGACAGGAUCUCCAUCCACUCCAUGGGGCACAUGGCGCCCGCCCUGUCUCCUCAGAACCUGAUCUCCUGCGACACCCGCAACCAGCGGGGCUGCAGCGGGGGCCGGGUCGACGGGGCCUGGUGGUACCUGCGCCGGAGGGGGGUGGUGAGCGAGGAGUGCUACCCCUUCACCAGCCAGGAGAAGGACAGCCCCCCCGCGGGCCGGCCCUGCAUGAUGCACAGUCGCUCCACGGGCAGAGGGAAGAGACAAGCCACCCAGCACUGCCCAAACCCCUACACCCACUCCAACAACAUCUAUCAGUCCACCCCUGCCUACCGCCUGGCUUCCAGUGAGAAGGAUAUCAUGAAGGAGAUGAUGGAGAAUGGCCCUGUACAAGCCAUCAUGGAAGUGCAUGAGGAUUUCUUCAUGUAUAAGAGUGGCAUCUAUCGGCACACGCCUGUAGCAGCCAGGAAGCCAGAGCACCACCGCAGACACGGCACCCACUCGGUCAAGCUCACAGGGUGGGGAGAAGAGCGGAUGCCUGAUGGGCGCAGCCAGAAGUACUGGAUCGCUGCCAACUCCUGGGGCAAGGACUGGGGAGAGGACGGCUACUUCCGCAUCACACGAGGCAGCAACGAGUGCGAAAUCGAGACCUUCGUGGUGGGCGUGUGGGGCCGGGUCAGCAUGGAGGACAUGCACCACCGCAAGUGAGGCCCCUCCACCCGCCGCCCCGGUGCUCUCCACACUGUGAUCUGGCCCUGGCACCCGGCACCCGCGGCAGGCUCUGGCUUCUCCUGGGGACCCUAGAGGAGAUGGGUGUGUGAGACCCAGCCGCUGCCCGGCACCCCCUCGGCACCAGGGCAGGCUGCAGGAGGUCUUGGUCUGCAAAGGUUUGGGAAGGUCCCUUAAGGCUCAUGGAGUUGCCCCCAAGGAAAAUGGCUUCAUAGCACAGGCCUCCCCUGUCCUGGGGGCAGCCUCUAACUAGGCCCCUGAGGGAGACAGGAUGGGACCCCCCCAACCACCCGCUAUGGACCUCAUCCGUGAGGCUCGGGCUUACGCUUAUCCCACGGGUGUUUGUGUCCCUGCCCACCCCCAGCUCCUUAUGGGCACAAAGCUCCUACCUGGGCUGCCCCUCACCCCAACUCUGCCAUGCCCCCCAUUGCUAGGCUCUUCCCAGAGGCACCUCUGAGCAUUAGGUGGCCCUUGAGUCCCCACCCUUUGGAGCCAAGCCUGUAGCUAACCCCUUUGCCUCUGCGUGGGCAGACACUGCUCCCCGCUGCGGUGGUUGGUGACACAGAGAUGGGCCCUUUGCCCCCGAGACCGGGUGGCACAGCCUGUCAGGAGCCUCCGGGGAGCAGCUCUGCCUCUACCUUGCAACCCCAUGAGCCCAUCCUGGGGCCUUCCACAGCCCACUCCAGCCUCCCUGGGGUGCUAGCACCCAGAUACCCCCCUGUGCCCCUUCAGAGCCCCCAGCCCUGCAUCUCAUCCCACGCUAGUCUCCUUUGGUCCCGGGGGUUUUGCUGACACCGAAGCUGCUGUGCGCUGGCCCGGAGAUGAUAUGUGUUGAGAGCAGGAAAAUGCAUCCCAGCCUGGCUUUCUCUUUUAACCCCGGCACCCAGCUUUGUUCAUGACACCAGGGUCUUAACGGUCUAAUCCCGGCCUGGCUAAACAGAGCAUUGUUGGGAGCCUUACGCUGUUCAAAUGCUUUAGCCUAAUGCCGCGGCUGGCUUGGUCAGCUUCACGGCCUCAGUCUAAACAUUCGGCCGCCUCCAUUCAUGUCAAAGCAGCAGAGGGAUCAGCAACCCAGCCCUGCCUUCCACACCAUGGGAGCGGCAGAGCUGGGGGUGCAGCUAGAACUGCUGACUCCAGCACCCGGGGUCACGUGGAGCCGGGCGCCACUCCGAUGGAGAGCAGGGGGCAAAAGAGGUGCUGGCAUCUCUGCCAAAGCCAGCCAUUAACUCACUGGCCUCAGGAGCCCUUGAAACAAUGCAGCUGCCAAGCACAUGCAAACACUCCUUGUGCAAAGGUGUGCAUGCUGCCCGCACACCUUUGCACAGAGACAGUAGCAUGGCAUCAGCGUGCUCCUCUAGUAGGUCCCACACUCCCCAGCCCGCCGCUUGCCAGGAUAACCGAGGAGUCAACAGGGUUGGCCUUGCCUGGAUGGUGCUAAUGCUCCUGGGCAGAAAAUCGUCUUGUCCCGGGGCCUCAAUUCAGGAUGUCGGCCUCCUGUUGAAGCCAGUGGCUGAGCCUUCUCCCCAGCUGGUGCAUCCUAGUCUCUAUUUCCCUUUGCAAUGCUCUGUUGUGCUCCUAGGCAGCGUGGGAGGUGGCAAGAGAUCUGUCCUGCUCCAGGUGGGCCGUGCCUGGCUGAGAGAAGUUGCACUGGCCAGGCUUUGAGUCAGUCUGUAGGCAAAGAGGAACGGAGAGAGCAAGCUACCUACCUACCUGCCUAUCCAGAGGGCUUGUAUUUUAAGGUUCUUUUGUAUUUAUUGUGCUUUUUAUUAUUUGUAAAUAAAUGGAAGGAAGCCUCGUC